GUAGCGGGCCUGCCGUGCUGGGACUUCAGCAUUGCUGGGAAGAGAAGAAUGGAAGAGGGUCCCACGAACACUGCCUUCAUUACACAUGCAAAGCGCAUGGUGGAGAAGGAAAAGCUACGGAUCCAAAUGAUCAAGCUCCUUUACGGGGAGCAUUACAACAUCAAGAAGCUCAUGACUGAAACAAACGAUGCUGGUCACUCUGGUACUUCUCGUGAAAGGAUUUACCUCAUACUGAGCCACAAGAAGAAGACGAUCGAAAUUGCAGACCCAGUGGCACUGUAUGAAAAGAUCUCACAGAUCAUGCGGAGGUCAGUGCAAACGGCCCCAUCCGACUACAUGAUCUCCUCAGAUGGUGAGGUUUUGCGGGAAGCUGCACAACUCGCCAUAAAGAGAGGUAUCCCGGCACCAGCUAUGGGGACAAUGGAAGUGCCAAUCAAAGACAUCAAUCGGGCUUCCAGCGUUGCUGGAAAUGCUAUGCACUUUGGAGUGGUGGGGUUGGUGCAAAUGACAGCGCUUGCAAGCUACCGGCUCACUGGCUCUGAGCGAGUGUAA